AUUUUUCACCUAACCCUGUGACCUAACCCAGCCUAACCUCUUAAUUUUCGGUUUUUGUGAAUCGUUGAAUGGCAUGUUUUUAUUUAGUAUUUAGUUUAUUUGAACAAUUAAUUGAUUCAAGUAGUACAUUUCUAUAGCAGGUAGUAUAGUAAAGGCAGAGAAGGUUUUAUUUGGACAUAUUUGGAAAAUGACUGAAGCUGCACCUUCAACGUCAUUGCCUCAAAAAAGGCAUUACAGGCAAAGAGCCCACUCAAACCCUAUGGCAGAUCAUUGUUUUGAUUACCCUCAGACUCCAGAUGAAAUGGAUUGGUUUAAACAUUAUCCCGAGAUGAUUAAACAAAAUAAUGAUAAUAAUGAAAAUGUGCAAGUCGAAUUCUUGGAUAUUGGAUGUGGUUAUGGAGGGUUGCUUAUUACACUUUCCCCUAUGUUUCCAAAUACUCUUAUUUUAGGAAUGGAAAUUAGAGUCAAAGUUUCAGAUUAUGUGAUGGAUAGAAUAGCUGCUUUAAGAUCACAACAUCCUUCGCAAUAUCAAAAUAUUGCCUGCAUAAGAUCUAACGCUAUGAAAUAUUUACCCAAUUUUUUUAAGAAAGGCCAGUUGAAAAAGUUAUUUUUUCUUUACCCAGAUCCCCAUUUCAAAAAGGCAAAACACAAAUGGAGAAUUAUUAAUGAAUGUCUGCUUGCUGAAUAUGCUUACGUCUUAGCCGAUGGGGGAAUAAUUUAUACAAUAACAGAUGUAAAAGAUUUACACGAAUGGAUGGCAGAUCAUUUAAGUAAACACCCCUUGUUUGAAAGAAUGGGAGAAGAAGAAUUGAAGGACGAUCCAAUUAUAGAGAAGUUAUAUAGUAGUACUGAAGAGGGACAAAAAGUUACACGAAAUAAUGGGGAUAAAUUUUUAGCUGUAUUUAAAAAAAUUUCUGACCCAUACUUUAAUAAUACUAGUUAAAAAUAAAUAACUUGAUACAUAUACUUUUAUUAUACCAAAUUUUUGUGACAUGUGCAAUCAGUCUUUUUACAAUUCAGUAGUUGGUUUUUAAUUUUUUCUGUAACAUCUUUUAUAUCUGACUUUCUUUCAGGACACUGACUCAUUUUUAACAUGCUAUCAUAAAUAAUAUUUUCCAAAAUAUUUGAUAAUUCUGGUAAUUUUAAUUGGUUUAAAA